GUAUUUUACGAGCCAGCCACUACCCAAUAGGAGACGUUUAAGUUUCCGUCCGAAUAAAAGACUCUUUAACCAAAAACUCGGAUCACUCCCUGCUCAGACCCAGCUAGCAACAAAGAAACCCAGCACCAUCAUCAUCCAGUACAAUCUUAAAGGAAAUCAGUAAUUUUUGGUUGUUGGAAAGCUUGUUGGACCCAGUGAAUAUGGCUUAUGAAGACUAUCGCGCUUCAGCCUUUGAGCAGAGUUAUCGUUGUUACCCUGUCUCGUUUAUUGAGAAGCCACAUCUGGAGAAGGGUGAUAAAAUUAUAAUGCCUCCCUCAGCUCUUGAUCGCCUCGCAUCUUUACAGAUCGACUACCCUAUGUUGUUUGAACUUAACAAUCCUACUGUUGGACGAGUUACUCAUUGUGGGGUUUUGGAAUUUGUUGCUGAUGAGGGCCUAAUAUAUUUACCAUACUGGAUGAUGCAGAACAUGCUUCUUCAAGAGGGGGACAUAUGUCAAGUGACAAACAAAAGUCUUGUAAAGGGAACAUGGGUGAAGUUGCAGCCCCACACCAAGGACUUUCUUGAUAUCUCAAACCCCAAAGCCAUUUUGGAAACUACAUUGAGGAGCUAUUCAUGUUUAACUACUGGUGAUACUAUUAUGGUUCCUUAUAACAAUAAGCAGUAUUACAUUAACAUAGUUGAAACAAAACCUUCCGCUGCAAUCAGUAUCAUUGAGACGGACUGUGAGGUUGAUUUCGCCCCUCCUCUUGAUUAUGUGGAACCCAAAAAACCAGUACCACCUACUUUGUCAAAGAAGAGACCACAAGAAGCUGAAGAAGAACAACCUGAAAAGAUACCAAAAUUCAAUCCAUUUACUGGUUCUGCAAGACGAUUGGAUGGAAAACCCAUGACAGAAUCAGUUGCACCAGUGUCCGCUCCCAUUCUGAAGCAGCACCAACAUGACAGUGAAAAUGGAACCAAGGAUUCUAAGUCAUCAACUUUUGCCACACGUAAAUCUGGAAAGCUUGUGUUUGGUUCAAAUGGCAACCAACCCACAAAAGAAACCCCAAAAGUUGCCCCAAAGAAUGGCAAGCCAGAGCCGUCUCAGAAGGCAGAAGAUGCACCUCAGAAGGCAGAAGAGCCGAAGUUCCAAGCAUUCACGGGGAAGAAGUAUUCAUUGAAAGGGUGAGGUUAAAGGCAUAUCUUCAUCGAAAACUAGGAAAAGAGAGAAGGCAUUUCUUCCAUCAAUUAGUUUUUGAGAGAUGAACAGUCAAGUUAUUUUGGCAAUGGAAGGUCCAACCCCAGAAUGUGCCCUGCACUUGAAUGAUGCUUUAUGAACCGAACCGAAGGUUGGUAUGACUUGGAAACUUCCUUGUCUUAUGUAAAUAGGCACAUGAACCGAAGGUUGGUAUGAAUUGGCAACUUCCUUGUCGUACAGACCAUAUGGAACUAUGUUCAUAUAUUUAUAACUCGAUAUAUUUCUUGAAUUUUGUUGAUUGUUUUUA